AUGGUGUCUGCCGUGGCAGCAUUCUUUCUCGCCUUGCCGGCAUAUUAUAUAGCAUCUAGUGCUAUUGGCCUUUGGAGGAAUAUCCAGGUAGCGAAGAGGUCUGGUUUACCGUAUAGAGUUAUUCCUGUUUAUGCUUUCAAUCCUAUAUGGCUCCUUACUGGCAAAAGGUUUGGAAACUGGUUCGUUACUAAAUAUCCAAACCUAUGGGUUUCAAAAUAUAUUAUACUCAUGGUACCAGAAUGGGCCUGGCUUUACGGCUUCAAACCCUUCGCCGAAUACGGCGACGUCUUCAUGACCGUUAGUCCUGUAGACUGCCACAUUUACAUUGCAGACCGCGAAGUAAUCACCCAAGUCACCAGUCGACGAGAAGACUUCCCAAAAGCCGCCUGGUUGUACGAUACCGUCAACAUUUUCGGUCGAAACGUCCUUUCGACGGAAGGUUCUGAAUGGAAAUUCCACCGAAAAAUCACGUCUCCUUCAUUCGGCGAGAAGAAUAAUGCAUUGGUAUUCGCUGAAACCAUCCGACAAGGGAAAAUGAUGUUGAGGAAGUGGGCUGGAGAGGAUGGAAAAGGGGGGAUUACGAUUAAGGAUGUGCUAAAGGAUACUAUGAGGAUGAGCUUACACGUUAUCAGUAAAGCCGGGUUUGGGGUUUCUCUACAAUGGCCUGGGAUGACGGAGGAUGCGGAUUUGAUUCGGCCGUUGAGUAGUGAAUCGACACAUCGGCAUACUUUGAGCUUCAUAGAUGCUCUGGCGGGAUUGUUGCAUAAUUUACUAGUUGUGUUGGUGUUCCCCAAGUGGUUUCUCGCCAAUGCUCCUUUCAACUGGGCAAGGAAAGCAGCCGAAGCUUCCCUGGAAUACCAAACUUACAUGAACGAAUUAUUCGUCGAGAAAAAGAAAGAAGCAAUCGCCAGUGAAAAAGCCGACGGAAUGGAUAUCAUGGGAGCUCUGGUUAAAAACUCUUAUGGGCCCAAUAAACCGCUUGACGAAAAGCAGAAACAAACCACCGCGAACGGCGACCCCGAAAGGCAGACUUUGACAGACUCUGAAAUUCUAGGAAAUGCAUUCGUUUUCUUAGUAGCCGGUCACGAAACUUCGGCAGGGGCGUUACACUAUCUAUUGAUACUCCUUGCACUUCACAUGGGCUCUCAAAGGCGCAUGCAAGAGGAUAUCGAUAGAAUAUUUGGCGACAGACCAGUCGACGAGUGGGAUUACAAUAAAGACGUAGCGGCAAUGCAAAGUAGCAUGAUCUGUGCCGUUAUGCAAGAGGAAAUGAGAGUUAUACCGCCCGUCAUUAACAUCCCUAAACAAGUAAGUGAUGAGAGUGACCAAAUCGUUAUGUAUCAAGGGAAACAAACGGUAUGGCCGAAGGGGGCUGUGAUUAGUAUGAAUGCACUCGCGUUACAACGAAAUCCAAAGUACUGGCCGUCGACUGGACCAUCAAAAGUUACGGGCGAUGACAAUGACCUUGCGGAUUUUGUUCCAGAGAGAUGGUUGACCAAGGAUAACGUUAAUGGUGAGGAGGCUGGAAUGGAUGUGUCAGCAAGCAAGGAGACUGGUCGUUUAUUGCACCCAUUGAAAGGAUCUUAUAUUCCUUUCUCAGACGGCCCGAGAUCUUGUCUGGGGAAAAGAUUUGCGCAAGUUGAGAUUAUGAUACUACUUGCUCUGAUAUUCAAGAAUUAUAGUGUCGAACUUGCGGUUGAUGAGCUGGCUGAUGAUGAGGCGGUGGAAAAGAUGGAUGAGAAAGAGAGAAUUGCACUCUAUGAGCAACAGAGGGCGACAGCUAGGUCCGUAAUGAAGAACUGCUCGCAAAUCGGGUUAACAGUACGGAUUAUUAAAGGCUACGUUCCCAUUCGGCUCGUUCCGAGAGGAAAGGAACGGUUUAUUCACUUGUUUGAAUAUUAG